CCACCUGCCCAUACUCCUCAGGGCCUCAAACACCCACCGAAACUUCACUGUAGUUUUUCCAACCCCAACCCGCCCACAGAUCAACGCCAUCACCAGAAAGCAAUCCCGUUAGCCGAGAUGCCUCCCAAGUCGGGCCACCAGCGCGCGAAGAAUAUCGACUACGACGAUGACGAAUUGUACAGCGAUGAAGACGAGUACUACGAGGAGGGAGGCGAGGAAGAGGGCAUAUCCGAAGCAGAUAAGCAACAAAUGGCAGCGGCAACUAUCAAGGUCAAGGAAGCAUUAGGGGGCAGCCUCAAGCCCACAGAUGCCGAGAUACAAGAGGCGUUAUGGCACUAUUAUUAUGAUGUCGCCAAGUCCGUUUCGUACCUAAAGAACAAAUACGCGCCGAAAGCGCCGUCGAAACCCAAACAACCACAAAAGCCGGCAUCGCGAUUCGACCAAGCAGCAAGUGCUGCUGGAACGGGCACUACUGACGGACCAUCAAAACAAAAGGCUAUACCGAAGAAAUCGGCUGCAGACAAGCUCGCAGAGUCACUCGACAAGGUUCAAGUGGAAGAAACACCCAAAAUAAAAAGCAAGAAUUUGAAUGUAGUGGAAGAGUUUGCUAAGAGUGGGCUGAAGCGAAUGGCAAACUUUGUUGUCAUAGGACAUGUUGAUCAUGGGAAAAGUACGCUUAUGGGCCGACUACUCUACGACCUUAAGGUCAUUGAUCAACGAUCGGUGGAUAAACUCAAGAAGGAGGCGGAAAGUAUAGGCAAGGAUUCUUUCGCUUUAGCUUGGGUGAUGGAUCAAACAAGCGAGGAGCGUAGUCGUGGAGUGACUGUGGACAUUGCUACGAACAAUUUCGAGACUGACACAACGCGCUUCACGAUACUCGACGCCCCAGGCCACCGGGACUUCAUUCCUAAUAUGAUAGCGGGCGCUUCCAUGGCCGAUUUUGCCGUUCUUGUUAUCGAUGCCAGCACCAACAGCUUCGAAUCUGGUCUCAAAGGGCAGACCAAAGAACACGCUUUGUUGGUACGCAGCAUGGGUGUGCAGCGCCUGAUCGUCGCCGUCAACAAGAUGGACACGGUCAACUGGUCUCAGCGUCGCUUCGGCGAAAUCUCAGAACAAAUGACGGCAUUUUUCGUCGCCGCCAGCUUCUCUCCAAAACAGAUCACUUUUGUUCCCUGCGCGGGCAAAGAAGGGGAUAAUGUUACCAAACGUGUCGACCAAUCCCAGGCAGAAUGGUACACCGGCCCUACUCUCGUCGAAGCUCUCGACAUGUGCGAACCCGCCAAACGCCCAGUUGAAAAACCUCUCCGUCUUACCAUCAGCGACGUCUUUCGUGGUGGCAUAACAAACCCUGUCUCCAUCUCAGGCCGCAUCGAUGCCGGUACUCUUCAAAUCGGCGACACGAUCCUCGCCAUGCCCUCCAAUGAGAAAGCCACCAUCAAGGCCAUUGAAAUCAACGACGAGCCGGUAGACUGGGCUGUUGCAGGGCAAAUUCCAACCUUGCACCUCCAAGACAUCGACCCUGUUCAUCUACGCCUCGGCGACAUCGCAUGCGACCCCCGCAACCCUGUGCGACUGGUCAAGUCUUUCACGUGCAAGAUCCUUGCAUUCGAACACGUUCUCCCGUCCUCCGUCGAUGUCUUCCGUGGGCGCUUACAAGCUGAAGGCCGGAUUAUACGGUUAUCGUCUACGCUCAACAAGACGACCGGCGAGGUAAUCAAGAAGAAACCGCGUAUCAUAAAGCCCGCCGAGGUCGCACGCGUAGUGGUUGAGCUUGAGAGAGAGUUGCCACUCGAACACGGAGUCAGAAUCGUACUGAGGGAGAGGGGGAGCACAGUUGCUGCGGGACUUUUAGAAGGGUGAUUGUUUCUACUCAAAGUCGGAUUUCGGUCCAGUUCUUCUAUAGCGUGCAGCGAGGGCCGUUGCAUAUACCGCGUGUUUGUUGAUUCGAUAGACAUAUACAUGAUUUAUUACUCGAGUUCUGUGUUGUUUGCUAUGUGACUGCGUAACUUGUCUACCUAUUUGUUUCGUAGUGUCAUCGCACCAAAAAAAAUUCAGUGUUUGGGUCAUCAGGCAGCUCAGACUCGAUCGCCUCGAACUCUGGCUGCUCUGAAAAGAUUGGUGUGUGAUGAUCGCCUGUGCUAA